UGACUCCUGGUCCGCUUUCUUCACCGUGGCCACCAGGACCUGCUGUCACAUCGUAGAAGACCCGGGUGAGGUGGCACCUUUUGGACGCGCACCUGGACUCAUGUUUCCACUACCCAUGUUUACACCGGACCAGGUGGCCCGGGUGUGCGAGAACCUGGAGGAGACUGGCGACAUGGAGCGCCUUGGUCGGUUCCUCUGGUCCCUUCCCGCCGCCGUGCCGGGCUCCGCCGUGGAGGCACUGAAUCGGCACGAAUCGGUGAUGCGCGCCCGAGCCCUAGUGGCCUUCCACGGGGGGAACUUCGAGGCUCUGUACCAGAUCUUGCAGAGUCACCGCUUCACACGGGAGUCUCACGCCAAGCUGCAGGACCUGUGGCUGGACGCGCACUACAGGGAGGCCGAGAGGCUCCGGGGCCGACCCCUCGGCCCGGUGGAGAAGUACCGGAUCCGCAAGAAGUUCCCUUUGCCCCGAACUAUCUGGGACGGCGAGCAGAAGACUCACUGCUUUAAGGAGAGGACCCGCAGCUUGCUGAGAGAGUGGUACCUCCAAGAUCCUUACCCCAACCCUUCCAGGAAGAGACAUCUGGCCCAGGCCACAGGACUCACGCCCACUCAGGUCGGCAACUGGUUCAAGAACCGGCGCCAGCGAGACCGCGCCGCAUCUGCCAAAAACAGACUGCAGCAGGAUCCCGCCCUCCUCCCCUCUGGGGAUGCCUCGCUUCAGGAGUGCCGCCCCAACUUAUUGGCGCCCUCCCCUCGCCACCUGGGCAGCCCUGAGGCCAGCGACUGCAGCACGGGGACCGAGCACAGGGGGGCCGGCGCCUCCACUCCUGAGAUCUCCGUCAGCAGCGACAGCGAGUUUGAGUCCUGAGAUGGCGAACGGCUUUGAGGAUGGGAUGUACGCACCCUAGAGACACUGUGCACGUGCUGGUGCUACCUCUGCCAGGACGUGGAGCGCACCGCCAUGAGAGGACUGUGGCGUCACAAACGCAAACAUGUCACGCACUUAACAAGAAUGGUGACCUCGGCUGUUGACCUUGACAGCAGUAUAGUAGAAGACUUUCUAAAAAAAAAGAAUCUUUAGAAGAAAUCUUCCAUGUUGACGUAUUCUUUGGUGAGCAUGUGCGCAGUCAACAUGUCGCUGCCUUAAAGGAACCCAGGGCAUCACGUCACAUCACCUCACAUUACGUCACGGGCACGUCAUCAUGUCACUUCACCUCACGUCACCUCAUGUCAUUCCACGCCAUGUCACGUCAAGUCACGUGCGCCAGCCAUGUUUUGCCAUGCCAACAAAAGCAGCAAAUGUGAUUGGCUGGGCUCAUCAGGGGUGCGUGCGUGAUCGCUCUCGCUAGUGCCUCCGACUUCACAGACUGCAUUUUAAUGAAAGACGAAGGUUUGUUAAUAAAUAAAAGUAUUUUUAUCCAAA